AUGACCGCGGGUGGCGGGCCCGGCGGACUCUCCGCGCCUCUCGCUUCCGCCAAGGUGCGGUGGCGCGAGGAGCGCGCGCUGGAGGGGCACGAGGGAGCGGUGCUAGCGGUGCGGUACAACCCGGACGGGCGUUACUGCCUGACGUGCGGAAAGGACCGCACGGUGCGGCUAUGGAACCCCGCCACGGGGCUGAUGAUCAAGAGCUACGUGGGGCACGGCCGCGAGGUGCGCGACGUCGCCGUCACCAGUGACAACGCGCGGCUGGCGUCGGGGGGCGCGGAGAGGGGCGUGUUGCUGUGGGACGUGGCGGCAGGGCGAGUGAUGCGGCGCUUCAAAGGCCACGACAACCAGGUGAACGCAGUGGCGUUCAACGAGUACGACAGCGUGGUGGUAUCAGGCGGGUACGACCGCAGUGUGCGGGUGUGGGACUGUCGGUCGCACAGUGUGGACGCCAUUCAGACCAUGGACCCGUUCUCCGAUGCCGUCACCUCGCUGCUGCUCUCCGCGCACUGCAUCGUGGCCGCCAGCAUUGACGGCAGCAUCGCCACGUUUGAUAUCCGCAGAGGCAGAUUGCAGGUGGACGAGCUAGGGAGAGAGCACCCUAUCAACUGCAUCGCCAUGUCGCACGACGCCAACUGCCUGCUGGCCGCCAGCCUGCACAGCACGCUCAGACUGCUCGACAGGCAAAGCGGAGAGAUUCUGAACGAGUACCGAGGCCAUGUGAACGAGCACUACAAGCUGGAAGCAGGGUUAACGCGGGACGACGCAUACGUGGUGUGUGGAUCAGAGGAUGGGCGGCUAGUGGCAUGGGAUCUGGUGGAGGGGUCAGUGGCGGGGCAGCAGCAGGGCGCGCACAAGGGCGUGGUCACGGGGAUUGCUUUCCAUCCCUCUGACAAGCAGAUGCUUUCGUGCUCUGCUGAUGGGUCUGUGCGCGUCUGGGAUUUGCAGCAUUGA